GUUUACGUGGGAGCGGGUCGCCUUGUUCAUCAUGGCAUCGACACGAGUCAACACACAUGGGACCACGACGAGUCCGCUGAAAGAACGCAAGCUAAUCUUAGACAUCGAAACUUCCGAUGUUGACGAUGUGUUAAAUUUACUCUUCGUCGCCGGGCAUCCACUCGUUGACCUUCGAGCUGUAACGGUGACACCUGGCUCGCCCGCACAGCUUCUCUUUGUACGCAGAUUGUUGGAGGGAGUGGAAACAGAAAAGAAACAAAGACUACGACGUUGCAAUAAUAUCUUACGAGAGGAUCGUGAACGAGGAGAUGGAGAACGACGAGAACCACAGGACGAGCAAGACGGCACCAGUGUUGCUUCGCCUUCUACUCCGUUUUUACAUCUUGGCUCCUACGACAUCGACGCCGCAGAGUCGCAGUCUAAUCCUUUUGUCGCAUGUGAGAACGUCGCUUACAGAGAUUUCUUGCCUGCUUGGUGUCGAGAAGUUGAAACGGUGUUUUUUGGUAGUAGUAGUAAAGGCGGUGCCGACACACCUAGAGGCGGCACACCCAAAAAUAAGAAGGGCCGCAGUGCCAAAACCCCUAGAGAAAGUGCCUCAAGUUCAGCAGCAUGUCCUUCGAAUUCACGAGGACCUACUGUCGCUCUGGAUCCGAGGCAUGUGCGGCUGAAAGAGUACGUCUUGGCUGAGUUGCGAAAGCCAAUGCGUGAAGAUGGUGUAGGAAAUAUUAAGACGUGUGGUCCGCCUCCGCCUUCAGAUUCUUCAUUAGAAGACACCGUGACCUCCGGAAAACACAAUUGCUCAAGUCCAUGGUCACCCGGUUGGCAGGUCCUGUUCGACUUGUGUGAUGAAGAGACGACACUAAUGACCGGAGGCCCAGUCCACAACCUGGGAAAGGCUAUUCAGCACGCUGCAGCUGACAGGGGCAUGAAGAUGAAUGAAAACGCAGAAGAAGAGAACAGAAGAAAAUAUGGAUGAUGUUUUAUCCAUCCUUACAACCAUCUCCAUCCUGGCGUUGUUCGUUUCAAGGGGAAAAUAAAGUGCCAGGAUGGUCUGACUAGAUAGAAAAGAGCGCCACUCUUUCAUGCAAAUACAACGUUCACCUUGGGCCGCUGGGUUGCUCAAGGUGGCUACGCUGGCUCAAAUAUCGUGCCAAGGAGUGCAGUCACCCUAUCCAAGUUUGUGGGCAAAGAAACGUGUCAAACCUGGAAUUUCGAUCAGUCUAAAUUAAGGCGACUUUUUCACUAUCGUGUCAUGUUGACUGCUAUGCUGAGUCAGUCUCUCUCAGUGGGGCCCGCUCCUCUGAUGAUUUCUUAUAAAGGGGAGAUAAUUAGAAUAGGCGGGUGGGCCACAAGCUGCACAAGGGGAACUACAACUUCUCACUGAGCCAGGCCCAGGCACCAUAGAAGUGAACGAAAAAACUAGCGUUAACUAAAGAUGAAGCGACUGCCGCACUAGCUUGUCUUGGAAUAGGCCAGCGUAUUUGUUGUUCGAAAAACGUUUGCCACCAAAUCACGUGGACCGACGAAUUGGAGUGGAAGAUGCGGGAAAGAGUUAGGACUUUGGAGGAAGAGAGGAUUUGGAGAAGACCGUCAUCUUCAUGCUCUACGAGCAGCUCUAGCGGUCUGUGUAUGAUUAGCAGUGGUAGUAAGAAACGCGGCAGUGGCUGCACGUCUGGAGGUUCUGGGAGCAAGAGCGGGAAGAGCACUCCUAGGGGAGCCGAGGUCGGCACAACGAAAGUGAGUCGUCUUGAAAGUCCAGAGAAUGGACCUAGUAAUCGUCGUGGCUCUCCACUCACUAGUAAAAACCUUUCAUCUUCUUGUUCCCUCGGGAGCGCCUACAAGUCUCUGCAGGAGCAGCAACCGCUACAGCGGGAGCAUCAUCAAGGACAACUACAGCAACUAGUUACGGGGACCGUAAACCCAUCUCUCACAGCAUCUUAUUUUAGCCAAUAUCUACAAGUGCUAGCAGAUGUUCUAACAGAUGGGUUGGCGGUACCUGUAAACUAGAUGAAGAUGUCAAUAAUCCUCAAGAUCAACAACUGUUACAAACGGCCUCAACAACUUCUGUCGGCCUUCCCUUGAUCCUUGAGUUUAUGUCCUUGUACAAGAAAUCCGAUGACAAGAAGCUCCACGAUCUCGUGGCGGGAUUGCUGGCCGUCAUUCCUUUUUUUUAAGCAGUCUACAAUUUUUGUUUUUCGCUGUCCCAUGUGGAAUGGUUAAUAUGGUGCUGAGUGAGACGAGUGAAGUGCCUCUACAACUUGAAGAACUUGAUUCAGAGCGAAAAUAAAAGGGUCGCAAGAACGCAUACCACCUCUGCUCACUCAGCCAUAUCAUCUCAUCUCACAGUACGGAUAGUGAAAAAGUAAGGCUAAAAAUUUUGGGAUGAACUAUAUGUUGAGCAAGGAGAAGAUCUUUUAGGGAAUGAAGGAGAUAGCACGAAAACUAAUGCGAGAGUAGAAGAUCACGAGAAAAAGUCUUCUUCUCCUCUCCCCUAUCUCCUGCAACCAGAAGACGAUGCUGAUUACGAAGUGAGCAGGAAGUGGUGUAGCAUCCUUUUCCGAGAAGCGAAGCUGUGUCUAAGACCUAUUUCGAGUAGUAGAGGUGGAGGUAGUACUAGCACUACUAGCGGAAAACUUAAGGCUCUCGUCCCUAAUGGUCCACCUCUAUGGGAACGAAUCCCUCUACCGUAUGGCAACAUACUCCAGUAAGCACACGGGGUAUACUUAAUCAUACUGAGGCAUACGCUUGAGGGAUCUCCAUCUCCACAGGGAUGAAUUAAGGAGAGGUCUAAAAAACUUAAGGGUAGGUUAACGGUGCUUUUGUUACCGUUUGUUAUGGCUCUCCUAAGGGGGACAGCCCUAACGAGCGGGAUAAACGAACACCAAAAACCUACCUCUAAAAAACGUAACCACAGGAGCGAGCAACAAUGGGGAUGCGAAUUCCCCACGUGGAAUCCAAAUUGUGUCAUAUCCGUCGACAUCCAACACUCACUGUUUCAUGAAGCUCUGCUCGGGAACUGGUUUGGUGCAACCCUCUCCUGCGAGGAGAAGCCUUAACAACUGCUUGCCAUUGGAAUAUUGUGCUUCGAUCAUGAAUCACAGACAUGAGCUGUGUUUCUCAAUUCAUCUUAAGAGGCAUGAACUAAACCAGGAGAAGGUUUACUUGAGCGGGAGGGUUGCACUAAACCAUUUCCCCAGCAGAGCUCCCAUGAGGUUGCUUUAGAAGUGCAACCCUCCCGCUAAAGUAAACCUUGUUCCAGGUCUGCUUCACAUCACAUCUACGUGAUUGUGAUAAUUUAGGUCUGCUCCACACAACUAUGUGAUUGUGAUAGACCAUGACAAUUAUCCAUUCCAUUUUCUCGUCAUUCGAGGAACGUUCGUGAAUUUACU